AUGAAUUAUAUUCGAGGCGCCGUUAAUGCUAUCAGUGCGCCAUACCAAUACUACAAGGACAUAAAUCCGGCAACACUCACAGGAGCCAUCGAUGUUAUCGUUAUUCAGAGGCCUGCAGACAAUGGAGGUACCGAGCUUGCCUGUUCUCCAUUUCACGUUAGAUUCGGCAAAUGGCAAGUGCUCAGGCCCAGCGAGAAGAAGGUGACAGUUUCAGUCAAUGGUCAUCCGAUACCUUUCGAUAUGAAGAUUGGAGAGGCUGGAGAAGCUUUCUUCAUAUUUGAAACAGAAGAUGACGUCCCAGAAGAUCUUAUCACCUCGCCACUACUGCGUCCAUCAUCUCCUACAAAUGAAAACACCCGAAGAAGUAUAGAUGUGGAGACUACUCGUUUUGGAACCAAGAAAGGAGGCGACCAAAAUUCAGAUGCAGGCGAGCCAGAGCCCUUGGAUCUCAAUGCUCUUCCUUCACCCCCAGAGGAGGAUGUACAAUUUAGUACUGGUGUGGACGGUGAUAACAACGCGAACACUUCCUCUGGCCGUAUUCACACUCCUACUACCCACAAGCCAUCCGCAUCGACCUCAACUUUUACAAUUCCGUCGGUUUCAGUUGAACCUCACCAUGUUCGGAGGCGUGCAUCCACAGUCUCCGUCUCGAUACGACACGCUUCCAGUUUACCUUCUCCACCCCCGUCUCCUACUCGUACUCCAGCAGAAAAAGCACAGGAUGCGUGUGCAGAUGCCGCUCUCAAACAGUCUGUGGCUGAAAUACAAGCUCCGGAAAUCAGGUAUCAAGAUGGAAUAGCGCUAGACACAGCGGGUUAUCAUUCUCAACCACUUCCGCAGACUCCUUCCAAUGUUUCUACAAAGAAACAUGACAGCUCGCAUGAUCGGGAAAGGUCAGAUCGAACAAUACGUAGUAACGACGAUGUCGACGACACGACUUUAUAUGCCUUUCCUAGUGACUCGACGCGUAAAUCUGUGUCUAGUAUUCCUUAUGUCACGCAUACACAAUCUCAGCCUCAUGUAAUUGACGAUGCACCAGAUUCCGAAUCCGACGUUCACCAAGAUGAUACUCUCCCCGAUGGUGAACACGGCUAUCGCACGGCCCACAGUAAUUCGCAAUCCAAAUCACUCACAUUGCCGUUCCCUAGCAGAGCUAUAACAGAACCGCCGCCUGAUCUCCCCUUUCCCUCCCCAUCUUCAUCCGCCCCCAAUUCUGCCUCUCCCGUUUCCUUAACUUUGAAACGCUUUCCCGGCCCAGGAAAAUUAAACGUUCUUUCGCCUGUUCAGGAAUACUCUUGGGAAUGGGGCGCUUUCCCCACGCCGUCGCCCAUGAAGAGCACAUUUGGCAAGGGCGGCAGGUUUGAAUCUGGCCUUGGAACCAUAGGUCCUGAAGAAGAACAUGAUAGCUUCACUUCCUCCGAGCCACACAACGGGAAUUUUACUUCCAGCCGGGGCCGUACAAUCGGUAGCGGAAUAAGGGAUGGCAAGGGAAAGAGUAUGUUAUUUGGACUUAGCAGCGUCAACCCUGGUGACGAGGUGGAUAACGUCCAUGGUAGGAGUAUGAGUGUGCCUCCUGGAUUCGACGAAAGUCCUACAAGGGAAAGACAAAGAGAAUCAUUGUUUGCAAAGUAUAACGAUGCAGAUGCAGCUGCAGAAUUCACGGUAGGGCAAGAGGAUAAGCUAGAUGCCGCAGGAGGCUUCGGGUCAAGUGGAAAGCUGAGCGUCAGCAAGUCCGAUCCCACGGUGUUCAAGUUAUCGAUCGAAGGCAAGAAGGUCGAAUUUGAGCUAAGCCUGGUGGAAUAUCUGGAGAAUGAAAGGAAUGGACACGACAGCAGCGACGUAGAGGGAGAAAGUGAUGAUCAUGAGGAACCCUCCCGAGGUCGACAAAGUCGCAACCUCCGUCCUUUUUCUGACAAUAUGAGGAACAGGAACCAUUUUCGGGUGUUUUCUCCAGAUGGCAGAUGGCCCGGUAUGGACGAGUUUGAGACUGCGCGGUUAUUCGAGAAGGGUAAAAUAUCGUUUGAGGAUUUCAUCCAGAAUGAUCAAUUAGUCAGAGAUCCAAGGCUUGUUCUUAAGUGGACACGACAGCAAUUCAUAUCUCAACGAGAUGGCUCUCCUCUCAUGGACGCCCUAGCUACAUGGCGCGACUCGUAUAUCUUGCGUAAAGGAAAACGCGUUUCCAUGCGUCCAAUAUCUCCAACUUCGGCAUUAGAUGACGACCAAGAAGGAAGUGCCCAGAUAAGUCCUGUCACCGACCCAGAAGGCAAAAAACUCGUUCUCGAACGAUCAAAGUCGGAACCACCUGAGGAAAUGAAAGGACCCUCACUCGGAGGUGUGAAGUCCCCACCGCCGACCUCGUCUUUAUGGGCUCAGUGGUGGCGUCGGAGUAGGAAGUCAACCAAUGUCCCAUCCGCAGCGAAUCCCGAAGGCUCGUCAGAUAAAAUUGCUAGACCAGAGAUGAAGGAGUCAUUUACUGCUCCUAGUGGCGUUCCGGUUUCCAAACCUCUUGAGGUUCCCGUGCUGCCUGAUGAGUUGAUAACAGGCUCCGCUCCAGCCUUGCCUUCCACUCCAGUUCAUCAAUCUUCGACUGAGCUUGAACGUACACCGACUUUUACGGACAGUAGUUCAAGGAAGUAUGCCAAAACGUUGAGACUUACCUCGGACCAACUUAAAUCUCUGAAUCUUAAACCCGGUCCGAAUUCGAUAACAUUUUCCUUAUAUAUGAGCGGGGUCGUAGCAUGUACAGCGAGGAUCUUCCUAUGGGAUUCUACCGAUCUCGUCGUAAUCUCGGACAUAGACGGUACUAUCACGAAAUCUGAUGGUUUAGGACAUGUUUUUGCUAUGAUCGGGAGAGAUUGGACUCAUCUCGGAGUGGCAAAACUGUAUACUGAUAUCACCCGGAACGGCUACAAAAUCAUGUAUUUGACGUCCAGAGCGAUUGGUCAGGCGGAUGCUACAAGAGGUUAUCUCAAGGGUAUCAAGCAGAAUGAUUACCAGCUUCCGGAGGGCCCGGUUAUCAUGAGUCCUGACAGGCUUAUGGCUUCGCUACAUCGCGAGGUGAUCAUGCGUAAACCGGAAGUGUUCAAAAUGGCUUGCCUUCGUGACAUUCAACGACUAUUUGGGGAAGCUUCGAGGAAUCCGUUCUACGCCGGUUUCGGUAACCGUAUAACGGACGCACUGUCCUACCGGACCGUGAAUGUUCCUAGCUCUAGGAUAUUCACCAUCGAUUCCGCAGGUGAAGUGAAAUGCGAGCUGCUCGAGCUUGCUGGAUACAAAUCCUCGUAUAUCCACAUGACGGACCUUGUCGACCAAAUGUUCCCGCCCAUACAUAGAAAAUGGGCACCAGAAUUCACCGACUUCAAUUUCUGGAAACCACCUAUGCAAGAAUUUCCCCUUCCCGAUUUCUCACCCCCGUCGCCCGCCCUCAGUGCGCGUUCGGAUUCCAGUACAUUCGCGCGGAUAAGAAACUUCAGUUUGGUUGGCACUAGACAGAAUAACAUCCCGAAAGUCGCUGCUGCUGUAGCAGCGGCGUCAUCGCGUGCCUUGGAUGACGAGCAGCCGUUACGAAACAUGAAGUUGCAGCAGAUGUCUUCGUUCGAGCGGUUAAGCAGUACGCUCGGAUUUUCGGGUAAUGGUAGUAGCUCUUCAGUCCUCAAGGUCCGCAGAAGCGAUAGCCCCGACACACGAUCGUAUUCCUCAUCUUCAUAUGCUGGGUCAGAAGACGAGGAUGACGAUGAUGGAUGGAAUGGCGGUAGACGCGAGCGUAGGCGGAGUACAACCAGUAUGCCUGGCUCCCUAGAGGACAUGAACUUUGGUAAUGAUGAUGAUGAGGAGUAUGUUCAUGAUGACCCGAACGAUGAUUAUAAUGAGGAGUAUGAUCCGCAUGGUGAAGAUGAGGUGGAUGAAGUGGCAGCGGACGACGCGUUUGAUGAGGAUUUACUGGCUGCGGGUGAGAUGAAGAAUGUCCCAUUUUUAUAA